AUGAAGUCAAAUAUUUGUGCCGCUUUUGUUUUUUUCACUUUCUCGACUACUGCUUCAGCAUUGCCAACAUCGGCAACUUCAAGUGAUCUACCAUCAAGAAUAGUGAAUGGUUUUCCGAUUGAUAUAACUGAAAUUCCGUACCAAGCUUCCUUGAGACGGAGCGUGGCGUCAGGAUGGGCACAUUCCUGUGGAGCUGUGAUCAUUAGCAACAAUGCGGUAUUGACGGCUGCACACUGUGUUGAUUCCUAUGUCUUAGAUCCGUCAGUUUUAAAAGUAGUCGUUGGAACAUCGUACCGACUUUCAGGAGGACAAUCGUAUAUGAUAUCGAGAAUCAUUGCUCAUGAACAGUAUUUACAAUCUACUUUAGAAAAUGACAUUGCUGUUGUAGGAACAUCUAAAACAAUGACUUUCAGUGCAAGUGUUAAUUCCGUUGCUAUUGCUUCAUCAACUUUAUCUUUACCGAUCGGAUCUGAAGCACUUGUAUCUGGAUAUGGGACAACAUCAUACGAAGGCACCACAUCAUCUGUCCUUCAAGCUGCUAAAGUCAAAGUUAUCGCUCAAGAAACGUGUGCUCGGGCGUAUUUGCGGAUUACCCCGAUUACCUCUGGAAUGUUAUGUGCCAACGCUACCCAGCCACCAAGGGAUGCCUGCCAAGGGGACUCGGGUGGUCCUUUAGUAGCAGACAACGUUCUAGUCGGUGUCGUGUCCUGGGGUGAAGGCUGCGCUGAUGCUUUAUACCCAGGAGUCUACACAAGGGUUUCUGAAUAUAAUUCAUGGAUUGUACGCAAUGUUGGACUUUUAUAA